AUGCGUUGGUUGGACUCCGCCCAACUAGCUAAACAUUGCAAUGGCUGAGUACAAGUGUGCUCCCCCUCUAGCUCUAGUGUUGGUGACUGGUGCCUCAGGGUUUGUGUCAACAUGGCUGAUCAAGGAGCUCCUGGAGAAGGGAGAGUACAGAGUGAGAGGCACUGUUAGGGACAAGAGCAAAGAAGAGAAGGUGCAACCUGUGUUGGACCUAGUUCCUAAUGCAAAGUAUCCUCUGGAGCUGGUUGAAGCUGAUCUCAAUGAUAAAGAUUGCUGGGGACCUGCUGUCGAUGGAUGUUCCUACGUUUUCCACGUGGCUUCCCCUAAUCCAACCCCCGAUGAAACUCCAGAAGACGAGAAUGAACUUAUAGGCCCUGCUGUUGACGGUGUAGUUAAUGUCUUCACUGCCUGCUCAAAAUGUGAAACUCUGAAACGUGUCGUACUAACCAGUUCAACGGCAGCUGUGUGUGGUUAUUCUGGCAUCCCAGGACGUCCUAGUGAUUGUGAAUACAACGAGGAGGAUUGGGCAGUCGAAGAAAACAUAGGAGCUUAUGAGAAGAGCAAACUGAAGGCGGAGCGAGCGGCUUGGGAUUUUGUCAAACAUGAUAAGAAAUUUGAACUAGUUGUUGUCAAUCCAUCGUACAUUCACGGGCCACUCUUGAGUGCUGCUUCCGGUGCUGUGAGUGCCUUGAUUGCUGUAAUGCUACUGGAGCAAAAUGAACUGCUGUGGAGCUUUUGUGAAGGAGUGAUUGAUGUCCGUGAUGUGGCUACUGCUGAGAUUGCUGCAAUGUUCACACCCUCUGCUGCUGGAAAGCGUUUCAUUCUAAGUGGCGGGAGUAUGAACUCAAAAGAAUUCACAGAAGUUAUUAGAAAUGAAUUUGAACCCCAAGGCUACACCGUACCCACGUCUGAUGAACCAGGUCUGGUCAAGUACACCUUCAACAAUGAACAAAUGAGGAAUGAGCUUGGAGUGAUCCCACGACCUAUUGAACAAGCCAUCAGAGAAACAUGCUACAGUGCAAUCCAGUUUGGACUCGUUAGUAAAAAACCCUGAACUAUAAAAUGUUUGCCACACAAUAAUUAUUUUGUUUUUUCAUAUACAAUAAACAUUAAUAUUGAGACACAAUUAUUAUAAUAAUUGUUUUAAUAAUUGUUUUGCAAUGAAGAGAAUGUUCGAUGAUA